AUGCUGGAGUCGAUUUGCCGCGCCUAUUUCGACUUGCAGGAAGGAGUUCUCCUCCCUCCAGUGCCAGAUAUUGUGAGGACGACCCAUGCUGCUCGCGAGGAAGAGGGGAGACAGGGCGUGACCGGGGACAUGAUGGUGGGGGCGGUGCAGAGAAGAGCAGAGGAGGUUGAGGGGCCGAGAGAGGUCCCCGCUGUAGACAGGGAGGCAACUGCAAAGCGGAAGGCGGAGGAAGAGGCACGGAGGGUGGAUGCCAAUGAGGAGGAGGCGGCUGAACAACAGCAGAGGAUGCCAGAUGAGGAUGCUAGGAAGAAGGCGGCGAUGGAGGCAAAGAAGAAUGCGGCUGCAGAGGCGUUGAAGAUCGCGGAGGAGGAGACAAGGAGGAAGGCAGCAAUUGAGGCGCACAACAUCGCGGAGGAGGAGGCGAGGAACAAGGCGGUUGUACACGCACAGAAUAUUGCGGAGGAGGAGGCUAGGAAGAAGGCCGAUGCAGAGGCACACAAGAGAGCGGAGGAGGAGGCGAGGAGGAAGGUUGCUGCAGAAGCGCAGAAGAUAGCGGAGGAGGAGGCGAGGAAGAAAGCGGCGGCAAAAGCGGUGAAGAUCCUGGAGGAGUCGAGAAAGAAAGCUGCGGCAGAAGCGCAAAAGAUUGUAGAGGAGGCGAGGAAGAAAGCGGUGGCAGAAGCGCUGAAGAUUGUGGAGGAGGAGGUGAGGAAGAAAGCUGCAGCAGAAGAGCUGAAGAUCGCGGAGGAGGAGGCGAGGAGGAAGGCUACUGUAGAAGCGCAGAAGGUCGCGGGCGAGGAGGCGAGGAAGAAAGCGGCAGCAGAAGCGCAGAAGGACGCGGACGAGGAGGCGAGGAAGAAAGCGGCAACAGAAGCGCAGAAGGAGGCGAGGAAGAAAGCGGCAGCAGAAGCGCAGAAGGUCGUGGAUGAGGAGGCGAGGAAGAAAGCGGCGGCAGAAGCGCAGAAGGUUGAGGAGGAGGAGGCGAGGAAGAAAGUUGCGGCAGAAGAGCUGAAGAUCGCGGAGGAGGAGGUGAGGAGGAAGGCUGCUUCAGAAGCGCAAAAGGUCGCGGACGAGGAGGCGAGAAAGAAAGCGGCAGCAGAAGCGCAGAAGGUUGCGGACAAGGAGGCGAGGAAGAAAGCGGUGGCAGAAGCGCAGAAGGUUGUGGAGGAGGAGGCGAGGAAGAAAGCUGCGGCAGAAGAGCUGAAGAUCACGGAGGAGAAGGCAAGGAGGAAGGCUGCUUAA